ACUAUAUUUUAAGUUGUCCCUUGGAGUUGCGCCAAAAUAGUCCCCAGGAUUAGCGAUGUUGUUUCAUUUAUGGUAACUAGCAUCGUAAACUCUCAAGGUGAUCUUAAGAAUUGUGACACUGAACUAACGUGCCCUGUUCAUGGAGGGUGGAGUAAGUGGGAGUCAAGAGAAGACUGUUCAGCUUCGUGUGGGGGAGGAGUGGGCAUAAGGAAAAGGAGCUGCACCAAUCCGGAACCGGCGUUUGGAGGUAUAAAAUGUAACGGAUCCGCCGAAGAAUACGGUGCAUGUAACCAACACAAAUGUCCGGAUCAAGUAUAUACCCUCUCUCCCACCACUUAUCAACUUUUAAUGUCUUCCUUGAAAGAAACUCCGUUAAGCUAUGAGGAAGCAGUUAACACAACACUCCGGAUUCCAUGCAAGCCGGAGUUAUCCUCUAGAAUAUUCGACGAGUAUCCAGAAUCAAUCCUUCUGUGGACUAAAAACGGAAAACUCCUGAGUCUGGGUGAAAACAGGAUUUCACUUUUAGCGCUGACCAUUAUUGAACUGAAAGACUCCGACAGUGGGGUGUAUGUUUGCAGCAUGCGCUAUGCUCCGGAUGUGAUAAAGAUCUUGGCUAUUGCUUCCAUUGCAGUGAUUCCAUCUUCGCCAAAUUUCAUGGUAGCCGAAGGUGAGAAAGCAAUUCUAACCUGCAAUGGAUUNAUACUUUGUUUUUUAAAACGAUUUGUAAGAGAAAAUUUAACUGGUCUGUGGAUAUGUAAGGUGACGGAUAUGGAUACAGGGAGAACUUGGUCGACGAAUUCCAUUUACAUAAAAGUAUUACCUCCUAAGCCGAAAUUCGGUAUCUAUAAAAUUCUCAUGAUUUUGGCCGUCUUAGCUGUAUUGACAAUUCUAGUGAUAUUUGCUCUUGCUUUGAAAAUCAACAAAGCGAAAAAAAGAUUUGGAAACGAUCUUAUUAUUUUUGAAACUCUUUAUAGCUCUGAUGACAGCGACGAUUCAGAUUCGACUAUCGAUAACUUAUAA